AGAGAAAAGAAAUUGAAAUAAAUAAAAUAGAAGCGUAAGAAGCGCAAGAAGCGCGUAUGCAUUCUCAGCCAGCCUGUGGGUUCAGAGGAAAGCCGAAAUCCAAUUUAUAUUAUUAGUAUUAUUAUUUAUUAUUAUGAGACAGAAGAAAUAACAGAACUCCCAAUUUUCUUUUCCCCUUUUUCUUAAUUCUAGAAUCUCCGCCAUGAACAACGGUAACAAUAGCAACAGUUCCGAUCCCGAUCGCCCUGUCCGUGUUUACGCCGAUGGGAUCUACGAUCUCUUCCACUUUGGCCACGCUCGCUCUCUCGAACAAGCCAAGAAAUCGUUUCCCAAUACGUAUUUGCUGGUUGGGUGUUGCAAUGACGAAACAACACACAAGUACAAGGGCAAAACUGUUAUGACCGAAUCAGAACGUUAUGAAUCCCUUCGCCAUUGCAAGUGGGUUGAUGAAGUCAUUCCUGAUGCUCCAUGGGUGAUCGAUCAAGAAUUUCUGGAUAAACACAAUAUUGACUAUGUGGCUCAUGAUUCACUUCCCUAUGCUGAUGCCAGUGGAGCUGCGAACGAUGUGUACGAAUUUGUUAAAGCUGCUGGGAAGUUCAAGGAAACAAAACGAACUGAUGGGAUUUCUACGUCAGAUAUCAUAAUGAGAAUUGUUAAAGAUUAUAACCAAUACGUGCUGCGUAACUUGGACCGUGGGUAUUCUAGGAAAGAGCUUGGAGUUAGCUAUGUGAAGGAAAAGAGAUUGAGAGUGAAUAUGAGACUGAAGAAACUACAAGAGAAAGUUAAGGAACAACAAGAAAAAGUGGGAGAAAAGAUACAAAUUGUUGCUAUGCACCGUAAUGAGUGGGUGGAAAAUGCUGACCGAUGGGUUGCUGGAUUCCUUGAGAUGUUUGAAGAAGGUUGCCACAAAAUGGGCACUGCGAUCAGAGAUCGAAUCCAAGAGCGGUUAAGGGGGCAGCUGCUGCAAAACGGCAAGGGUGAUGACGAUGAUGAUGAAGAAUAUUAUUACGAUGAUGAUUAUUAUGAUGAUGAAGACGACGACGACGAAUUCUACUAUGAUGACAACGAAUAUAAUGAUGAGAAAGAUAAGAAAAAUGAGAAAGAAAAGAAAUAAAAUUGUUUCUGCUUCCAGUUUUUACUAAUAUUAUGGGGUACCUUAAAAGUUCUAAAUAGUAGUGUUGUGGGAUGUGUGAUAUGUUGAUGUUGUAGCUAAAUCGAGCCAGGCAUUGAGCAGAAGCUGUGUUUUGUACUUUGUUUAUUGAUGCUGUGUUAGGCAACAAUACUCGUAUCCCUGCCAUAGCCAUACCUGAAAUGUGGCUCGGGCGGUGAUUCUGUUUGCUAAAAUUUUGGCCCCUCAUCUUCCCUCUUCUUAUCAUGUAAAUUGGUAAGAUGCAAGGGCUUGUACAACUUUUCGUCGCACUUAUAAGAUAAAAAAGUUUUUAUAUAUAUAUACACAUCACAUAUUGCCCUUA